CAUCAGGGUGGAGUCUUUCUGUCUACACAGGGUUCAACACAGCUGUCAACCAUAGACUAGAGCUGCGUCUUCCUGUUUGUGUUGCAGCCGUGGGCCACUCAUCACAGGUUAACCAACUCACCAAGGGAGAUGCAUCUGUGUUUGUUGUCUCUUCUGCUCCUGCUGAUGGGUGGAAAUGGAUUGUGUCAACAAGAGGAAGUUUGCUCAAAGUCUGUGAUCAACACCUGCAAUGACUGCAUCAGAUCUGGGCCAUAUUGUGUCUGGUGCCAACAGCUGAAUUUCACCAAAGCUGGUGAGCAGGAAGCAGCACGUUGUGACACCCGAGCUCAGUUGAUAGCAAGAGGAUGCAAGACGAAGGAAAUCAUCUCCCCCCAUAACAGUCAAAUCAUCAACCAGGACAAUCCACUCUCGAGUUCAUUCAAACAGCAGGAGGCUGUUCAGCUCCGUCCACAGAAGAUUAGUCUAAAACUGCGACCAGGGCUUUCAACCAAAUUCAACAUUUCUUUUAAAAGAGUUCAGGGUUAUCCAGUUGAUCUCUACUACCUGAUGGACCUGUCUUACUCCAUGCAAGAUGACUUGGAAAAUGUCAAAGGACUAGGACAAAGACUUUUUGCAGCUCUGAAAAAUAUCACAGCACAUGCUCAAAUAGGUUUUGGUGCCUUCGUUGACAAGACAGUCCUCCCCUACACAAACACCAACGAGGGGAAACUGCGGAAGCCAUGUGAUGAGAAUUACCAGCAGUGUCAGGCUGCCUUUGGCUACAGACAUGUGCUCAGUAUGACACCAAGGGAGGAUGAUUUCAGAAAUGAGGUGAAUCGGCAGUUCAUUUCUGGGAACUUGGACUCUCCUGAAGGGAGUCUUGAUGCCAUGAUACAGGCUGCUGUAUGUGGGGACAAAAUCGGAUGGAGGAACAGCAGCACUCGGCUCAUUGUACUGACCACUGAUGCUGGAUUCCACAUGGCCGGCGAUGGAAAACUGGCUGGUAUACUGGAACCCAAUGAUGAAAAGUGCCACAUGGACAACAACCUUUAUACCAAGAGUAGUGAGAUGGACUACCCUUCUGUUGGACAACUAGCUAUGCAGCUGGAAAAAAACAAUAUUCAGCCAAUAUUUGCAGUGACAAAAAAUAUGGAGACUGUGUACAAGCAACUCUCUAAAAUGAUUCCAAAAUCAGAGGUGGGAGUUUUGUCACAUGAUUCGAACAAUGUUGUUCAAUUGAUUGAAAGUGCCUACAAUCGGUUGUCCUCCAAAGUAACUGUGACCCAUGACAAUCUCCCUGAGAAAGUAAAAGUGGUCUACACACCUAUAUGCACAAAUCCAGGACCAGCAAGGGACAGCGAAGGGGUUUGUGACAAUGUACAUGUGGGACAAGAGAUUGCUUUCGAAGUCACAGUGACAGCACACUCAUGUAUGGAGAACCAGUCUUUCACCAUCAGACCACUGGGCAUUAAGGAGACACUGACAGUGAGCUUAUCUACAAACUGUGAGUGUCAAUGUGAGGACCCGAGCGACAGCAACCACACACACUGCAAUAGAAAGGGGGGAGUCAGCUGUGGUAUUUGCAGCUGCCAUGAUGGCUUUGUUGGUCAGUUCUGCAAGUGCGCCAUAGGCGAUAAAGACGAGCGCACCCUACAGGCAUCCUGUCAGAGGCAGAAUGGCACCGAGUGUGAGGGCCGUGGAGACUGUGUGUGUGGCAGGUGCAAGUGCCACACCACAGAGAGUGGAAAGAGCUACCAUGGUGACUUCUGCGAGUGUGAUGAUGAUCACUGUGAAAAGUUCCAGAACAAACUUUGUGGAGGAAACGGUGAAUGCAACUGUGGCAAAUGUGACUGUAACGAAGGCUACGAGGGUUCCGCCUGUCAGUGCAAAAAGUCUCAGAGGGACUGUCAAACGCUCAACAACACUGUGUGCUUCGGCAGAGGAACCUGCCAGUGCGACCACUGUCAGUGUAAGGAGGGAUACCAGCGGCCACACUGCAAGCUGUGCCUUGGCUGCCCUGACCCAUGUCAGACCAAACAGAACUGCAUUGAAUGCCUCGGCUUCGACUCUGGUCCUUUUAAAAAAAACUGCAGUUUGGCUUGCAGCAAGACCAUUUUUCAUAUGAUGGUAGACCAGUUCACCAUAGCUACCAAGCAGUGCCAGCACAAGGACUCAGAGGGAUGCUGGAUCAAAUUUAAGAUGGACCAAUUGUUUGGAGAGGAGUACAGUGCUGAAAUUCUGAAACAGAGAGACUGUCCAGAACCACCCAGCGUCAUAGCAAUUAUUGGAGGCUCCAUAGCAUCCGUGGCUCUCAUUGGCAUUGUGUUGCUGAUGCUCAUCAAGAUGUUAAUCCACAUGCGGGACCUGAAAGAGUUCAAGAAAUUUGAAGAUGAGAAGAAGAAAUCCAAGUGGGCAAAGGCUGAAAACCCGCUGUACCAGGAUGCCACCACCACUGUGGCCAACCCCACUUUCACUGGAGAGUGAGGUCUUGUAUUGCAGCACAGCGAUUACGCAGCAGUGCUCCGUGAAAUAGACGUAUGGUUGGUAGAGAAAUUUCUUUUGUCCAUGUGCUAUUUGCAAAUGUACACUCCUGGUAUAAUUGGGACCUGCUUACUUUCUAACUGAUACUAAUAAUAAUAAUAAUAAAUUUCAUUUAUAGAGCACUUUUCAUUGCUAAAAGCGAUCUCAAAGUGCUAACUGAUGGAUGACAUUCAUUGAUAGACUGCAGUUGCUCUGUAUAUGCAGGGAUAUUUUUUCUCAAUUUCUGCACAUUUGAUGUGAAAUUAUAAUAUUCAUUGUCAAUUGCCUUUUUCUUUCAUAUCCAAACUUUUGUAAGGGGGGGGGUCAUGUUGUAAGGCUUCGAUGAAAUCCUUUCACCCUGUCUUUGUCAGGUAUAAUAAACAGCUUCUCUUGUCCAAAUA